GCUGCUCUCCGGAGAGGAUCAACAUGCCUUUGGCUCGAGAUUUGCUGUAUCCGUCCUUGGACGAGGAAAAGAAAAAGCAUAAAAAGAAAUGACUGGUUCAAAGCCCAAAUUCUUACUUUAUGGAUGUGAAAUGUCCAGGUUGCUACAAGAUCACCACGGUUUUCAGCCAUGAGCAGACGGUGGUUCUCUGUGUGGGCUGCUCCACAGUGCUGUGCCAGCCGACGGGAGGCAAGGCCAGACUCACAGAAGGGUGCUCGUUUAGAAGAAAGCAGCACUACUGACCACGCAACUCCCAGAAUUUGUGUUACACCGCAG